CCCGCCCCGCCUCGGUCCCCCCCCCCGCCACCUCCACCGCCCCCGUCCCGGCCCUAUAAAGCCCCGCGCCCAGCCGCCGGCAUCGCCCUGCCUCUUACAUCGGCCGCCUCAGCGUCGUGCUGUGAGAGUCCCCCCAGAGCCGAGCAGCCGCCAUGCGUGAGUGCAUCUCCAUCCAUGUGGGCCAAGCGGGCGUGCAGAUCGGCAAUGCGUGCUGGGAGCUGUACUGCCUGGAGCACGGCAUCCAGCCCGACGGGCAGAUGCCCAGCGACAAGACCAUCGGCGGGGGGGACGACUCCUUCAACACCUUCUUCAGUGAGACGGGGGCCGGCAAGCACGUGCCCCGGGCUGUCUUCGUGGACCUGGAGCCCACGGUGAUCGACGAGGUGCGCACGGGGACGUACCGGCAGCUCUUCCACCCCGAGCAGCUGAUCACGGGCAAGGAGGAUGCGGCCAACAACUACGCGCGGGGGCACUACACCAUCGGCAAGGAGAUCAUCGACCUGGUGCUCGACCGCAUCCGCAAGCUGGCUGACCAGUGCACGGGGCUGCAGGGCUUCCUGGUGUUCCACAGCUUCGGGGGCGGCACCGGCUCCGGCUUCACCUCCCUGCUCAUGGAGCGCCUCUCGGUCGACUAUGGCAAGAAGUCCAAGCUGGAGUUCUCCAUCUACCCGGCCCCGCAGGUCUCCACGGCCGUGGUGGAGCCCUACAACUCCAUCCUCACCACCCACACCACGCUGGAGCACUCCGACUGCGCCUUCAUGGUGGACAACGAGGCCAUCUACGACAUCUGCCGCAGGAACCUGGACAUCGAGAGGCCCACCUACACCAACCUCAACAGGCUGAUAGGCCAGAUCGUGUCCUCCAUCACGGCCUCCCUGCGCUUCGACGGGGCCCUGAACGUUGACCUGACGGAGUUCCAGACCAACCUGGUGCCGUACCCCCGCAUCCACUUCCCCCUGGCCACCUACGCCCCCGUCAUCUCUGCCGAGAAGGCUUACCACGAGCAGCUCUCGGUGGCCGAGAUCACCAACGCCUGCUUUGAGCCGGCCAACCAGAUGGUGAAGUGCGACCCGCGGCACGGCAAGUACAUGGCGUGCUGCCUGCUGUACCGCGGGGACGUGGUGCCCAAGGAUGUCAACGCCGCCAUUGCCACCAUCAAGACCAAGCGCAGCAUCCAGUUCGUGGACUGGUGCCCGACUGGUUUCAAGGUGGGCAUCAACUACCAGCCUCCCACGGUGGUGCCUGGGGGGGACCUGGCCAAGGUGCAGCGCGCCGUCUGCAUGCUGAGCAACACCACGGCCAUCGCCGAGGCCUGGGCCCGCCUGGACCACAAGUUUGACCUGAUGUACGCCAAGCGUGCCUUUGUGCACUGGUACGUGGGGGAGGGCAUGGAGGAGGGGGAGUUCUCGGAGGCCAGGGAGGACAUGGCCGCCCUGGAGAAGGAUUACGAGGAGGUGGGGGUGGACUCGGUGGAAGGGGAGGGAGAGGAGGAAGGGGAGGAGUACUAAACCUUCACAACGGUGCUGCUCAACAGGGAACAAAUGUAGUGGAAGACCCCCCGGAGGGUCUGUAGCAGUGGGUGUGCCGCUGGCUGUGCUGUUAAAUGGUCUGUGAAAUGGAAAAGUCUGUUACGGGCCCACCCGUCCUCUCCCGUGGGUCUGAAUAAAAAGCAUUCCCUGUCC